AUGAAGGAAUACCUCAUCUCCGGAAAGCCCGAGUUCAAGGGAAUCCUGAGGGAUGCUGAAAUUCCCAAACCUGGGCCCAACGAUGUACUCAUCAAAGUAGUGGCCGCUGGGCUGAACCCUAAGGAUUGGAAGUUCACCAAGGGUCGCGCCGAGUCGGAAGCCCUGAAUGCUGGAGAUGACGUUGCAGGCAUUGUUAAAGAGGUUGGCUCCAAUGUUUUUGAAUACAAGACAGGAGAUCGAGUCGCUGCUUUCCAUCGUAUGGGGCAUCCAGGCGGCACUUAUGCCGAGUACUCGGUUGCUCCAGCAUCUACUGCAUUUCACCUUCCCCCAAAUGUCUCAUUUGAGGAUGGAGCGGGAACGCCGCUGUCCUUCAUCACGGCUGCAUUAGCUUUAUUCCAGUAUCUGCAGGUCCCCCCUCCUACAACUCCCGGUCAGAAGAACAUUGGUAUCCUUAUCUACGGCGGUUCUAGUGCUGUGGGUUCAUACGCGCUACAACUGGCAAAGUUAAGCAACCUUUACCCUAUCAUUACAGUUGCUGGCUCUGGAAUUGACCACGUCAAAUCCCUCAAUGCUGCAACUCAUAUCAUUGACUAUCGAGAGGGCAACGUUAAGCAACAGAUUCUAGAUGCGGCUAAUGGGGCAAAAAUCACCCUAGCAUUUGAUGCGAUCUCUGGGAAUGACAGCUACAAGGCAGUCACUGAAGUGCUUCAAGCAGCGGGCGGGGGGCAUAUCAACAUGGUUGGUCUCCCCACGGACCCCAGCUGGAGCUUUCCAGACGAUGUCCGAGUUACGAGAACAUUCGUCAGUUCAGCAUACGGAAUCAAGCACAGCGGCAUCACCGAAGAGCAGGCUAAGGCAGACGAAGAAUUCUCUUACCUCUUCUAUCGGUACCUGAGCUUCCUUCUUGCCAAAGGGACAUUCAAGCCACACCCUAUUCAAGUUCUCCCAAUGGGCUUCAUAGCAUUGUUGAUGGAGUAA